AUGCAGAACCUCUCAGAGGGUUUACUCAAAGCAGCUGAGAUGGAAGUCAAACAACAAUUGGCAUUCACUGUGAAUCAAGCAUUCACUAUGAAGAGCUUCACCGAUGCAAUCACCACCAUCAAUAAGAAUAGAGAAAACCAGAUCUUAGGCCUGCAGCAGAAGAUUGAAUGUUUACACAGACAGGUGACUACACUGAACCUGAAGGUCUCACCACAAUUGUUCACAACCUCUUCAGGAGUGUACACAUCAUCAGAGACCACUGUGCAGGAUGAGAAUCUGAGCAUGAAAUACAUCAAGUCAGAAGAUCUGCUGAAGUCAUCAAGCUUCAAUGAUGACUGA